UUCAACCUAUCACGUGUCAUUCCUAGAUUAUUAGAAUUAACCCACUUGUUGAUUCCACUGUAUUAUUUUAUAAAUAGGAAUUAGAACAAGGGAAUGAAAGGAUGAUCAAAGGCUCGAGAAUUAUGUUCAAAAGAAUUCUUCGAUCGGCGAACGUCAAUCUAAUUGACGCAUCGAACAGGAGAACAAUAACGAUCGGGUCGAUGCCUGACAAAAAUUCACCUGAAUAUGUUGAAAAUUACAAUGGUAUGCAAAGUUUAGUAGCUAAUCUUCAAAGCCAUGUGGAAAAAGCCCAUGCUGGAGGAGGAGAAACUGCAGUUAAAAGACAUAUCUCUAAAGGAAAAUUAUUAGUGAGAGACAGAAUAAACUGUUUAUUAGAUCCAGGAACCCCAUUUUUAGAAUUAUCUCAGCUAGCCGCACACAACAUGUACCAACCUGAUUUUGUUCCUGCAGCAGGAGUUGUGACUGGAAUCGGUAGGAUAUCAGGGAGGGAAUGUAUGAUCGUGGGCAAUGAUGCCACCGUCAAAGGUGGAACGUACUAUCCAAUUACUGUAAAAAAACAUUUACGUGCUCAGGAAAUAGCAGAGGAAAACAAUUUGCCUUGUGUUUACUUGGUCGACUCAGGAGGAGCCAAUCUCCCUCACCAGGCAGACAGUUUUCCCGAUAAAAAUCAUUUUGGAAGGAUUUUUUUUAACCAAGCAAAUAUGUCUUCAAAAGGCAUUCCUCAGAUAGCUGUUGUUCUUGGGUCAUGCACUGCAGGAGGAGCCUACGUACCCGCCAUGUCUGAUGAAUCAGUGAUCGUUCGAAGACAAGGUACAAUUUUCUUAGCAGGGCCUCCACUUGUCAAAGCUGCAACUGGUGAAACUGUCAGUGCCGAGGAUUUGGGAGGAGCAGAUCUCCACUGUGGGGUAUCAGGUGUUACGGAUCAUUAUGCCAUGAAUGACAGGCAUGCUCUUCACAUUGCAAGGGAAAUUGUUAAAAGGUUAAAUCACAAAAAGCAAGUUCCGGUGGAUGUAGCGGAUGAAGUCAAACCACCUUUAUACGACCAAGAUGAGAUAUACGGCAUUGUAGGAACCAAUUUAAAAAAAAGUUACGACAUCCGUGAGGUUAUAGCUCGGAUUGUAGAUGGGUCUGAAUUUUCUGAAUUCAAAGCAAGGUAUGGUGAUAGUCUUGUCACUGGGUUUUGCCAUUUAUACGGAUAUCCUGUUGGCAUUAUUGCAAAUAAUGGAGUUCUCUUUUCUGAAUCUGCCCUUAAAGGAGCACAUUUUAUUGAGUUGUGUUGCCAGCGUAAAAUUCCAUUAAUUUUCUUACAAAAUAUAACAGGUUUUAUGGUCGGGAGAGAUGCCGAGGCUGGCGGAAUUGCAAAAAAUGGAGCCAAAAUGGUGACAGCUGUGUCUUGCGCCAGAGUACCCAAAAUAACUGUGCUUGUUGGUGGUUCAUAUGGAGCUGGCAAUUACGGCAUGUGCGGAAGGGCUUAUGGGCCUAGGUUUUUGUACAUGUGGCCUAAUGCGAGAAUUUCUGUAAUGGGAGGGGAGCAGGCAGCUGGUGUUUUAGCCCAAGUCGCCAGAGAUAAAAGAUUAUUAAACAAAAAAGAGUGGACAGAAGAAGACGAAAAAAAGAUAAAGACGCCGAUUAUAGAACAGUUUGAAAGAGAAGGUGAUCCUUAUUUCUCAACAUCCAGACUUUGGGAUGAUGGCAUCAUUGAUCCAAAAGACACAAGGAAAAUCUUAGGGCUCAGCUUGGCAGCUACCAUGAAUGCUCCAAUAGAACAAACACAAUUCGGAGUGUUCAGAAUGUAAAACAAAAAUUUGUCAUGUAAAUGCACAAUCCCAAUCUCCACCAUUUUUGUGCAAAAUCUCUAUUGCAAGCUUUAAAGUUUUUACUCAAAAUUUUUUAGUACCAUGAUAAAAUUAUGAUUGUUAUAAUUUAAGAAAAAUUCAAGUGCCAAUAUUAUUAGUUAUACAAUUUUUUUAAAAAUAAUCUCAUUAAGUUUUAUUUAACUUUAAUUUAACUUAUAUAUAUAUUUUUGAGAAGAUCUGUUAAAAAUGAUUUAUAAAGAAAAACUUGCGAAAAAUCGCCAUGUUAUAAUUGAUUCUGUGAUUUUGGUAUACAUACUUUGUAUACUUAACAAUUGAAUAUAAAUAAAAUUAUGUGUGGCAAGUAAA